CAAUGUAGGUAGUGUACUGACGAAAAUAAAGAAGUUCAGUGCUGCUUGUUAGCAGGUAGCAGGACAGAUAACGGAGUUUAGAAACGACCAAGAUGUCGUUAUUAUGUUUAUAGGAGACUUUAAUGUGAACAGACAGCUGUCGGUGUUCAGUGUGAUGACCGGAAGAUGGACUUUAACAGGACUGUUCUGGUGACCGGAGGCUAUGGAUUCAUUGGCUCCCAUCUUGUGUGUUCGCUGGUCAACAGACACCCUGACUGGAGAAUUAUUAACUUGGAUAUCUUGGAUUACUGCUGCAGCCUCAGGAGUCUGGAGAGUGUUGAAGACAGAGCCAACUACACCUUUAUCAGGGGAGAUGUGUGUAACUCGCGGCUGGUAAAUCACAUUUUCAACACUGAAAACAUCGAUGUGAUCUUUCACCUGGCAGCAAAAACACACGUCGAGUCAUCGUUUGAAACUCCGUCUAGUUUCCAGCGCAUUAACAUCGAUGGGACCAGAGUUUUACUGGGAGCCGCCCAUCAGGCCCGACACCAGCCACAACGCUUCAUCUACGUCAGCACCGAUGAAGUGUACGGAGCCAGUCUGGACCAGGUGUUUGAUGAGAGCAGUCCAGUGAGGCCCUCCAACCCGUACUCUGCCACUAAAGCAGCCGCAGAGUACCUGGUUAGAUCCUACUGGGACAAAUACAAGUUUCCCAUCAUCAUCACCAGGAGCAACAACAUCUACGGCCCCAGGCAGUACACUGAGAAGGUCAUUCCAAGGUUUCUCACCCUCUUACGCAUGAACAAGAAAUGCACCAUCCAGGGAACCCUCCCGAAAUCCCGCCAUUUCCUGUUUGUCGAUGACACCAUCAGCGCCUUCCUGCUGGUUCUGGAGAAAGGGACUGUGGGAGAAAUCUACAAUGUGGGAACGAGCUGUGAGGUUCCCAUUGUGCAGCUGGCCAGGGAACUUGUUAAGAUGAUGAAGAACGUGACAGACUCUGAAGUGAACGAUUGGCUUGAGUUUGUGCCUGACAGGCCGCGUGUCGACCUGCGCUACCCCAUCAAAUGUGAGAAGCUGCAGCAGCUGGGCUGGAGAGCAGAGGUGUCCUGGGCUGAAGGCAUCAGACAGACUGUCAAAUGGUACCAAGACAACUCAGACUUUUGGUCAGACCCGAGCAAGGACCAAGAACAAAUCAUAAGCAAGCUUGAACAAGCCACCAACAAAUAAGUGGCCUGACUUACGUCUUAACUAACAGCUACUGAACACAUGAGCGAACAUCAGUCUCGCUGUACAGCAUUUUUUAUUCUCAACUGUCUGUAAGUGAUCGCUGGACCAACAGGCCCUGAAGUGCCAGACAACAGGAAGGCAGAGCCUCCCGUCAACCAAAGUUUCACCUGGAAAUGAAUGCACUUUAUUUUGAUAUUAAUUACUAAUUCAGCUGGUGUUAAUGAGCAUAGCAGUUGUCUUAUUUCCUUUUCCGCGUUGCCCUCAUAGUUCAAAAAUCAAAUGACCACAUAUUGUAGUGAUGGUCAGCUCAAAACAGGGAAGACGUGUAUUACAUUGUCAUGCACUUAAUGAGAUUACUCAGAGAAAUGAGACAGACGGCUGUAACUCUUCAGAACAUGUAAACACACCAGCUCCUGCUAACAUUCAACAAGACUGUCAGUUCAUUUUAGUCAUUUGUUUUAUACACAUUGUUAAAAGAUCUUUAUCAUGUCAUUCUGUAGAAUGUACUGCAAAUAAACUUGAUUAUUUAAUAGCU